AUGCGUGUGGGCUCUCCUAGUUUCUGCAGCUUUUAUGAAGUUAAGACUUUUAAGGCCGAGCACAAAACAGAAGACGGGAAAAAGGACAAAUACUUUCUGUUUUACGAUGGGGAGACAGUCUCUGGGAAAGUCAACGUAACCCUGAAGAACCCAGGCAAAAGGCUCGAGCAUCAAGGAAUCAAAGUAGAGUUUAUCGGGCAAAUCGAAUUGUACUACGACAGAGGAAACCAUCAUGAGUUUGUCUCUCUGGUUAAGGAUUUAGCUCGGCCUGGAGAAAUGGCUCAAUCUCAGACCUUUGAUUUUGAGUUCACACAUGUGGAGAAACCGUACGAGUCCUACACAGGCCAGAAUGUAAAACUACGCUAUUUCCUGCGGGCGACCAUCAGCAGGAGAAUGAAUGACAUCUGCAAAGAGAUGGACAUUGUAGUGCACACACUCAGCACAUAUCCAGAACUCAACACCUCCAUAAAGAUGGAGGUGGGAAUUGAGGACUGUCUACACAUUGAGUUUGAGUACAACAAGUCCAAGUAUCACCUGAAAGAUGUGAUUGUAGGGAAGAUCUAUUUCCUGUUGGUGCGAAUUAAGAUCAAACACAUGGAGAUUGAUAUUAUUAAACGGGAGACUACAGGGACAGGGCCAAAUGUGUACCACGAAAAUGACACCAUUGCAAAGUACGAGAUUAUGGAUGGAGCACCUGUGCGAGGUGAAUCCAUCCCUAUCCGUCUUUUUCUGGCUGGGUACGAGAUGACGCCCACCAUGAGGGAUGUUAAUAAGAAAUUCUCUGUUCGUUAUUACUUGAAUCUCGUACUCAUUGAUGAAGAAGAGAGACGUUACUUCAAACAACAGGAGAUUACACUAUGGAGGAAGGGAGACAUUGUGAGAAAAAGCAUGUCCCAUCAAGCUGCCAUCGCCUCCCAGCGCUUCGAGGGCUCGGCGAGCGCAGAGAAAGCACUCUCUCAAGCUAAAGAGGAUGACAACUAAACCCAACCAUGUCUUCUCAUCGUCUCAUGCGUGUAUGUGUCAGAGAGAGUGUGUGUAUAGAUUUAAAGAAGCCGUGUGCUCCCAAAAUAGAUGGUAACCUAAACAUGAUAUUUCACAUUCCUAAACACAAGUUUAUGAUCAACAAGUUCCUAAGUAGCUUUUAAAAAGGGAUUAAUAUAUGAAAAGCAAAAACACCGAUUCCAAAAACCACAGUUCGAUAUUUACGUAUUCUUCUUGGUGGUUCCUCUGAGAUCGUUUACUUUUUGUCCGCCACCCUGGAAUUAAUUGACUGUAUAUUUAUUUGAAACAUUUCAGCAGUUCAUCUAGACAAAACAAACACAUUCCACUCUCUAUAUUCCAUUUACAGCCUUUUUUAAUGAUUUGUUAUUGUAGAUUUUAUUCUUUCGUAACAUGUACAUUUCAUACAGUGUUCAGUGUGUUUCUGAGUUUUAAUGAAAUGGUGUUUAACUAAUUCAUAUUUUUUGUGAUUUUUUAAUAUACAUUAUGCUUACCAAUACAUGCCUUUUUACUUUUGUUGCCAUUUCGUAAGAUAAAUGACAAGCACUUCAGAGUUUUUGCCAAUGUGAUUUCAGUGUCUCCAGAGGGACCCUUAACUUCAUAUCAACCCAAAAUUACAUAAACAUUUUUGCUUAGAUAUAACAAACCAAAUGAAUUUCCCUACAGGUAUGUAGCUAAACUAAAAUGCACCUGAAUUUUAUUUUUAUUUUGUCUGUCAGAUUGUAUUGCUAUAAUGAUGCUUUUCAAGUGUAUAAAAAUAGAAUUUUAAUUCAGUAUUAUUGCUGUUGAGGUUUGGGUAUGGGAAACCAAAAUGUUUGAUGUUGUUGGGUAACACUUUACUAUAAGGUUCAAAAUGCUAACUUUA